CUUCAUAGUCCUGGAAAGUAGCCGGUGUGCCCUGAAGCUUUGCUUGGUCUAAAUUAAAAUAAAUAAAUCUUUUCUUUUCAAAACAGGAUUAUGGCCUAUAAAAUGCUUCAAGUAGCCCUGUGUUCAACAUUGCUUAUAGGAGCGUUGGGAGCACCAUUUUUGUCGGAGGACCCAGCAAACCAGUUCCUACAUCUCAAAAGACAUAUAUAUUUGCAGAAUUACUGGGACCCAGAUCACAAUCCAAAUAUGUGGGGAAACACGCUGGCUGAUCAGGUUCAUGAAACAUGGACUGCUUUGAAAACAACAGCAGAGUAUUAUCUGAAUAUGAAUUCCUUCACUCUUGACGUAUCCACUGCCCAGUAAAUGUGCUUUGAUGGUUCAACCAGGAGAGCAAAAAUAGGGGAAGUCAACAUGGCAAUGAACUUUGGAGACCUGGAGGCAAAUCCAUGCCACUCACAAGAUUAUUUCAUACCUCUGUCUCAUGGAGCUGUUAAAGAUUAUUUAAUAUGUCCAUCUCAUAGAGCUGUUGAAAGGAGUAAAUAUGAAAACCCAAGUAGAAUUAGAAGUUCUCAAUAAAUUACAGAAAAACUAGAAUUAAAAGUCCUCAAUAAAUUAUAGCUCUUAAAAUGAGAACUAAAAUAACAUUUAUAAAAAGGGGGCUUUUAUGGAGAAGGAAAUUAAAAACAAAAACAUAAUGUCAUUAAAACUCACUGUUGAUAGUUUACUUUCCAUUGCUUCCUUUUUGAGAGAGUUCACUAUUUAAUUAAAGGAAGAGAGAACUCUCAAAUGGAGUUGGUUCUCUCCUUUUUCUUCAAUACUUUUCACUUUCUAAAGGCAGCCUAUUUUAAAAUAGUGCUUUUGAGAAUUUUCCAUCAAAUGUGUAUUGCUGAGGGCAGUAGAGAAUAUCAUCUUAACUCCUAUUUGGGAGCAGAUGAUGACUGGGAACCCAUUGGAAACAUUCAUCUGUAAGUGCAAAGCCCUUAGGAGUUUUGUAAAAUUUUGCAAGUUUUGCA